GCUGUCAGAUCGGCUUAGCAUAAUGAUAAUUAAUAAUCAGUGCUGACUAACGAUAAUUGAUAAAUUGAAAUUGGAAAUUGGGAAAUUGGGAAAUUGCGCACUAUCGGGCCUACUAUCCGAACUAUGGCGUUCUCCUAUAAAAGACCACCAGUUGCCGAGAGUUUUGCAAUAAUUCCCAUUACAACAACAAUAUCAAUUACCUACAGGACUUACAAUGACGGUCAUUAAAGCCAGUGCUGUGACAUUUACCGAAAGAAGCUGGGACUUCGCCAACAGUUUAAGUUGGACUCAGUAUACUAUUGAUCCCACCACUAUUAAACCUCAUGAAGUUAUAGUUAGGGCCCUUACUACAUCAGUAAAUCCUUCUGAUUUAGGAAUUAUUGGUGGAGGGUAUGGUACUGCACCUAAAUUACGUACUGAAUUUGGAACGGCUGAACCAGUCCGAGUUGGAGGUAAUGAAACUUUACUUCGAGUUGAAUAUGUUGGAAGUGCUAUCACUAAUUUUAAGGUUGGAGAUUGGGUUAUUCCCAAGAGUGUAGGCUUUGGAUCUUGGAGAUCGUAUGCGGUAGUGGAUACUGAAGAAGAUCCUACUGUUUUAGUAGUGGUGUCUAGUGAUGAUGAUAAAGACUUUACCUUAGAACAGGGGGCUACUAUUAUGAUUAAUCCUUCGACGGCGUAUCAGAUCUUGUACCAGUUUAUUAGUGACUGGGAUGGACUGGGAAAUGAUUGGAUUAUUCAGAAUGCCGGUAAUUCGCAAGUGGCGAAAUACUUGACUCAAUUUGCUAAGCUCAUUAAUGUUAAGACUAUCUCUGUGGUUAGAGAUGGGAAGUCUCAACAGGAGUUUGAUGAACUUUAUCAGUAUGGAGCUACUCAUGUAGUCAAUGAAUCUGAUUUCUUAAGUGAUGACUUCACUGCAGUGACCCUACCAAAGUGGAUCGGAGAAAACGGUAGAGUUAGAUUGGCUUUGAACAGUAUUGGAGGAGAUACUACUCGACAAUUAGUUAACUCGCUUCUGCAAGAUGGAUAUUUCGUGACGUUUGGAAUGAUCGGAAGACUUCCAAUCACUUACGACGGAGGAGUACAACUUCAUAAGAAUAUCACCACCAAAAGUUACUGGUUAACUGCCAAUACGCUUCGUGAUCCCGAGGGUAAAGUGGCUACGAUUAAGGAAUUAUUGAAGUUAUACCGAGCCGGCAAGAUUCAGAAUGUUCCGUUUGAAAAGAAUUACUUUGUUGCGGGUAAGGAUGAUCUCAAGGCGGUAUUCUUACAGGCUAUUGAGAGGUCCAAGAAGGGUAAGCAGGUGGUUGUGUAUGAAUAGAUGUCACUACUUACUAUAUACUAUAUAAUAUAAAUAUACAAUACA